AUGGAUAUGAGAAGUUAUAUUGCAGAUUUUAUUUAUUAAAAAAAAAUGUUUGCUAAUAAAAAUUUUAUUUGUCCUCUAUGUAAUGCUCAAUAAUAGUAAAAAGUUGCUAUUGCAUCCAUUUAAAAUUUCAUUUAUCUUGAUUCAAAUAUGCUUUCAUAUAUGUUUAAGGAUUUGUUCUAUACUUAAGGAACUAAAAUAUUUAAAUAUAAAGAUGAAUCAUAUAUGCGUUAAAAAUUUAUGGAUAGAUAAAAAAUCAGAAGAGAAGACUAUAUUGCAACAUAAAAGGAUUCUUAAACUGAAUUUACAAACCUUUAUUGUGUAGUUAAUCAAAAUUUGAGAAUUAAAGAACCUUUAGUACUUUCAAAUUGUCCUCAAAAACACAUUGUCGAUUUUAAAUCAUUUUAUGAGGAAUUAAAAAAAAUUGAUUUUGAUAUUGAAACUAAAGGAUUAAUCUUGUGUAGAUGUCAUACUUGUAAUGCAAAACCUAUUAAAACUAUUACUAGCAACAUUCAUUUCCAUGAAGCAUUUUAUGAAGCACUUAAUAAAUUUUGUAAAAUAGAAAAUUAUACAUAAAUGAAAAGUUUCACUUAUUAAUUUUAGAACAAAGUGGAAGAUGGUUAUAUUGUCAGAAGUGUAAUUUUUAAUCAUCCUAAAAUUAAAAUUGUAAAAUAGCCUAAAUAAGGUGAUAUAUAAAAUCUUCGAAAUGCUAAAACAAACGAAGGAUUUGUAGAUUUAAUGAAUGAUGAAGAAUAUUAAAAGUUCUUUGGAACAACAUAAAUUUAAGGGUACAUUUAUAAAGCCUAGGGUAUAUAGUAGAAUAUUGGAGUUUUAGAAUUUAAGUAUACUUAAAACGGUAUUAGUUCAAACAUUGA